CACCACCACGACGCACGCAGCGUCGCAGUCGCAGCUUCACAGGCUGAAAAAAAAGAAAAAAAUCCUGGUUUCUCCUCGCAUCGUCUCCCUCCCAUCCCUGCAUCGACAUGUUUGUUUACCUCCUGCUCGCCCUAUAAAUAACCAAGCCUCCAUGUCCCGUCCACACACGCCGUCCCCAACUGAAAACACACACACACACACACACACACACACAGCACAGCAACAGCAACCACCUGCCGUUCAGUGCGUGCGAUGAAGCUGGAUGUUCCGGCGAGGCAGAGGAGCGCCCAGGAUGCAGAGCAGAACGGCAAGGCAGUGGCCGUGGGCGUCCUCGGCAUUGAGCCAUGGAGCCACCCGAAGCUCCCUCUCCCCGGCCGCGGCGCGCGGGCCGACGCCGACGCCAACGCCCUGGUGCCGCCGCUCAACUUCGCCAUGGUCGACGACGGCAUCUUCCGCUCGGGCCUCCCGGACGCCGCCAACUUCCGCUUCCUGCUCUCCCUCAACCUGCGCUCCAUCGUGUACCUGUGCCCGGAGCCGUACCCGGAGGAGAACGUGCAGUUCCUGCAGCAGAACGGCAUCCAGCUUCACCAGUUCGGCAUCGAAGGGAGCAAGAGUGGUCCGACAGUGCCGGAUACCAUGUUGGCGCAGGAACCAUUCGUCUACAUUCCUGAAGAAACGAUCAGAGAGGCGCUCAAAGUCAUCCUUGACGUAAGAAACCAGCCGGUGCUCAUCCACUGCAAGAGAGGCAAGCACCGGACUGGCUGCGUCGUCGGAUGCCUGAGGAAGCUGCAGAAGUGGUGCCUGUCUUCAGUGUUCGACGAGUACCUGCACUUCGCGGCGGCGAAGGCAAGGAGCACUGACCAGAGGUUCAUGGAGCUGUUCGACGCGUCGAGCUUGAUGCACCUGACGGCCUCGCAAUGCUCCGACGCCCUGAAUCGAACGGCUAACGGGGUCCACAUCCAACGGACGAGCGGCCCAAUCGGGCCCUAUAAACAAGGACACAAAACAACGCCGCCGGGAAGCCCCGAGCCCGUCGCCGUCUCCCCCGCUUGUCUAACCCUAGUUGCCAUGGCCCCCAAGCGCUCGGCUCCACCUCCGCCGCCUCCGCCCCCGGCUGCCUCCUCCGAGGAGACCGCCUCUGUUUCGGGCUCAGAGGAGGAGGAGGACGAGGAGGAGAUCGCCUACUCACCCCCUCCGGCCGCUCCCAAGCGCAUUGCUCCGCCGCCGCAGAAGGACCAGGAAUCCGAAGGGUCCGAUGAGGAUGAAGAUGGCGAGGAGGAGGAGCACGAAGAAGAAGAAGAAGAGGAAGAGGAAGAGGACGAGAAGGCCAACCACGUGAUCCCUUCUUCCGCCACCAAGAACCCGCCGCCGCCGCCGCCGACUCGCGAGGAAUCCAAGACUUCCGACGAAGAAGAAGAGGAGGAGGAGGAGGAAGAGGAGGCGGCGGACGACGAGAUGCCGCAGACGAAGCCCGCUGCAAAUCAAGAGGUGGGGCCUAAGGGCGCAAAGCGGCCGAGCGCGCCGUUCCAGCGCACCUGGUCGACUGACGACGAGUUCCGCAUCCUGGAGGUCCUCGCCGCGCACCGCCUGGAGCACGGCACGCUGCCUCAAGCAGACGUGCUGGCCAACGCUCUCGCCGGUAAGCUCGACAACAGUGGCUGCAGCCUCUCCGAGCUCCAGAGUAAGGUGAGGAGCUUGCAGACCCGGUACACCAAAGCGGUCAAGAAGGGCGCGCCGCCGAGCAAGGGUCACGACCACCGUCUCUUCGACCUCCUCAAGAACGUCUGGCCUUCCGUUACCAAACCGGCGGCUAAGGCGGCGGCUAACAGUGGUGCUGGGAGGGAGCCUGACGAGAUGUGUGGGCUGUACCCAUACCUUGCGGAGGAGGUGCAGGCACUUCAGAAGGCACACCCGGGCUUGUUCAAGCGGGAGUUCGGGAUGAUCGACGAUAGCAAGGCCCACGCACUGGACGAGAAGAUCAAGAAGCAGAGGCAUGCACAGAUGAGGCUUCAUCUGCGCCACCACGACCUGAUCAAGGAAGUGACAAAGACGCUCAUGUACCUGGCUGAGUGAUGGGUGGACUGAGCUGAGCAGCAUCUCGGCAUUCUAUUUUGUGGCAUUCAAAUGCAUUGGUGCUCGAUUACGAGCAAUUUUGUAUCCCCUACUAAAGUACGGUAGCUGAAUUUUGCCUUUGUUAUAUAGCUGGUGUUAGAGUUUUUCGUUGUUGAUGGUGAUCGAGACUUGUUGCAGUGUCACUGUGUCAGUGUUAAGUCAUGAAGUGCCUGGGUGAUGUUCAGUUAUUCUGUUUUGUUUUGGUCAGUCUGAGCUCUAGCGAAUUGGAAAUAAUAUGUUAUUCUAGUACUAUGGAAAUACAAUGUAUUCUGAAAAACAAA